AUGGCGACAGCCACAACAGACCUCUUGAUCUGCAAAGUUGUAGCCAUUCUUGAGAACGAAGCAGCCUCCAUAGCUGGUGUUGGUGAUCAAGUUGAUGAGAUUAAGCAGGAGCUGGUCUUCAUGAAGUCCUUCUUGGAGGAUGUCGACGGCAAGAAAGCGCACACACAAGUAGAGAAAGCGUGGGUCGCAAGCGGUCGAGACUUGGCCGAUGAUGUUGGAGACAUCACUGAUGAGUUCAUGUAUCACGUGUACGAGCAGGAAAGCGGAGGCCGAUUUAACAAAGCGGAGGCUUCUCUUUUCCAUAAGGAAGAUGAACUUGUCGGGAUUGAAGGCAAGAAGCAAAUGUUAAUGGGAUGGCUGAUGGAUGAAGGGAAGCACCAAAUUGUUGUGUCCGUGGUCGGGAUGGGAGGAUCAGAGAAGACAACUCUAGUUGCAAGGACCUUCACCGACGACAUUGUGAAGAGCCAUUUCGAGUGUUAUGCAUGGAUUACCGUUUCACAGUCUUAUGUGAUUGAAGACUUGUUUAGAAGAUUGAUCAAAGAAUUUUACCAAGCAAGGAAGGAAGAGGUUAAGGCAGACUUGAAUUCCAUGAGUUAUAGAGAAUUGCUAGAGAUUUUGGUGAAAUACUUGGAGGCUAAAAGGUAUCUGGUUGUGUUGGAUGACGUGUGGGAUAUCAAACUUUGGGAAGAAAUAAGGUUAUCAUUUCCAGAUAAACAACUUGGAAGUCGUGUCAUGCUUACAACUCGAAGAGAAGACAUAGCAUCCUCUGUUUUCGGAGUAGAAAGCCAUGUUCAUCGGAUUCAACCAUUGGAAACCAAUGAUGCAUGGGAGCUCUUUUGCAUGAAAGCAUUCUCAAGUUAUCAUAACAAAUCCUGUUCACCCGAACUUCAGCCUUUAGCUCGGGAAAUCGUGGAAAAGUGUGAAGGCCUUCCUUUGGCGAUCGUGGCCUUAAGUGGUCUUAUGUCUUCUAAGAAGACAUUUUCAGAGUGGAGCCAAGUCUGCAACAGCUUAAAUUGGCAUCUGGCGAACAAUUCUUUGCGGGAACCUAUGAAGAGCAUCUUGUUGCUUAGUUUCAAUGAUUUUCCAUAUCGGUUGAAGCAAUGUUUUCUUUAUUGUUGCCUUUUCCCAGAAGAUUAUUUGAUCGUGAAUAACAAGCUCAUUAGAUUGUGGAUUGCUGAAGGAUUUGUUGAACAUGUGAAAGGGUUCACAACAGAACAAGUUGCAGAGAGCUAUCUUAUGGAGCUCAUUUUUCGAAGCAUGAUACAAGAGAGGCAUUACGACACGGAACCAGCAUGUAAGAUGCACGAUCUUAUGCGAGAGCUUGCUUUGUCCAUUGCAGCAAAAGAAAAGUUUUGUGCUGCAUAUGAUGGGAGCGAAAUAAUAACUGAAGAAAUUGGAGCCAUUCGCUUGUCAAUUCAAACUACUAAUGGAGAAAUUGAACAACGCACAGGUAUGUCACGCCUUCGUUCUUUUCUUAUCUUUCCCACGGACAUAUUCUCGUUCUCUUUUUCAAAGACAUCGCCUUUCGAAUUUAAAUUCUUGAGGGUUCUAGAUAUGGAGGAUGUCCCAGUUGACAUUUUGCCAGAUUACGUAAUGUAUUUAUUCAGUUUAAGAUAUUUAAGUUUGAGAAGAACUCGGAUCAAGGAGCUUCCAGAAUCCAUUGGGCAGCUCCGCAACCUUCAAAGCUUGGACAUCAGGGAGACAAAUAUACAGGCACUUCCAAGGGGCAUUUCAAAAUUGCUCAACUUGCGUCAUCUACUUAUGAAUCGUUACACACGUGAUUAUAAGAUCUUCAGAAACCUCAUUGGGAUGAAAGCACCAUCAAAUAUUAACAUGUUGAAAUUACAAGCUUUGUCAUUUAUUGAAUCAGAAGGAAAUAUUCUUAGACUUAUUGGAAAGAUGACCCAGCUGACGACCCUUGGCAUUACAAAUGUCAAAGCAAAAGACGAGAAGGACCUAUGUGCCUCACUCCAAGAAAUGAAGGUCCUUUGCCUCUUGGAUUUACGGGCAGCGAAUGAAGAGGAAUUUCUUCAAGUUGACGCGUUAUCUUCUCCACCUCCCCUGCUUGACAGACUUUUUUUGUCAGGGAAACUGGAAAAGGUACCGCAUUGGUUUUGUUCACUCAAGUCGCUCACAUUUCUGGGCCUGCGUUGGUCUAAACUUGAAGAAGAUUUAUUGCCUCACAUCGAAGCAUUGCCGUCUCUGAGAUGGCUUUGCCUUAACAAUUCCUAUGUAGGGACAGAGAUGUGUUUCAGAAGAGGUUUCGUAAAGCUUAGAUAUUUGGAGUUGUUUGGUUUCUCAUUGUUGAAUAAGAAACAAGAAGUCCAAGAAUUGAAGUUUUUACCUAGUUUGUCCCAGGAAGAGCCUGUUCUUGUGUGA